UUUGCGUCUCCAAAAGGCUUCAAAGAAAACUCAGGACCCCAUAAUUUGUCUGCUCCCCUCCCUGCUUCUUUCUUCUUGUGCGAGCUGGUGGUUUCUUGAGGGCAGCUCCUUUUGGUCGCCGGUGGUUUUGCUUGAGGAUGGGGAGAGCGCCGUGCUGCGACAAGGCCACCGUGAAAAGAGGGCCGUGGUCUCCGGAGGAAGAUGCAGUCCUCAGAAGCCACAUCGAGGAGUACGGGACUGGCGGCAAUUGGAUUACUUUGCCCAAGAAAGCAGGUCUCAACCGCUGCGGCAAGAGCUGCCGCUUGAGAUGGCUCAAUUACCUCAGGCCAGACAUUAAGCACGGUGGCUUCACAGAGGAGGAAGACAACAUCAUCUGCAGUCUUUAUAGGAAACUCGGGAGCAGGUGGUCUGUCAUUGCUUCCCACCUACGCGGAAGAACUGACAAUGAUGUGAAGAAUUACUGGAACACCAAGCUUAAGAAGAAGCUGAUGACACCUACCAUCAUCACCUCUAAUAUCCCGUCACCGACUCCAGCUUCACUGCUACCUACUGUCAAAGCUGAGCCUUACAACAACCCUAGCGACAUCUCCAGAUCCGUCGACUCCAUCUUCGCGCUCACACAGGACUCGCACGAGUUCUACUCGGAGCCUUCACCGUUGCCGAGAGAAUGCAGAGCUAAAGAGACCGGGCAACUUCAUCGACAUUCACCGUCUGAAGAAGUGUCGGCAACUUCAUCGACAUUCACGGUCGACGACGGCAGCAGAAACAGCUACGGGAAUUGGUCUGCGAGCGGGGCUGGUCCCCACGACUUGUUCCUCUCGGAGCUCGACAUCGAGUAUCUCACCGACCUUCUUGGCGACGAUGGAUGCCAGGCGGAGGUGCCACAGGGGCUGCACCGAAGUGUCGCCUACUGGUAGCGAAAGGUAUAGUGUAGGAGUGAUGAUUACAUGGCAGUUCAUAGUUGGGAUUUCUUCCCCUUCUCCGUAGCCUUGAAAUCCGUCAGUAGGGAUGAAAUGUCAGGACUUGAGAUGCAGUAUAAUUGAGAUCGAUCUUGGCCAU